CCGCGCGGUGACACUCGGCAGCCGGACCGCCGCCAGCUCGCCUCGUCCGUCUCCAGCGCCUCACGCAGCGGCGGGAGGAUGCCAUGAGAUUUCCCGCGGGCCCCCACUGGAAGCUGGCUGUGAAAGGACCGCGGCGGGGGGAGCGGGGAGAACCGACGGCGACGGCGGCGGCGGCGGAUAAUGACGUGAUGGUUCCGGUUGUAGCGCGAGCGCAGGGGGGCUCCGGGCGCCGUUAAUGACCGGAGCUGGAGGAGGAAGAGCAGCGGACUUUAGUGGAGCCGCCUUCAGCAGCAGAGCGACCGCAGAUAUAGAGACAAACUAAACAGAAAGAGAAGAAGAAGAAGAAGAGGAGAGCGUCAAACAGGUUGCAGAGGGUUUCUCCAGCGUGGAAGAGGGCUUUGCCAGGCACUGGAGGAUGCUAUUCCUCACGUGGUGACUUCUGCAAGCAAGGAGCUCCAGCGGAACAUUCCACAGACCUGUCAUGUUUUUCUAUCCUCUCACAUUCCUCCACCUCUUCACCGCCCGCUGUCUUCUAAUGGUUUGAUGGAGAGCUGGUCGAAUGUCAGCAGGAACUAUUGUUAUAACCGGAGGAAUUCUCGCCGGAGUGAUACUGCUGUGCAUCGUAGCAGUUCUCUGUUACUGUAGACUCCAGUAUUACUGCUGUAAGAAGAAUGAUUCCGAGGCGGACGUGGGCUCCGUGGUGGGAGCCGACCCCCUCUCUCACUUCCCCUGCAACGCCUGCAACGCCCUGGCCAUGGACGGCACGGCCAUCACCCCGGUGUCCCUGGACCAGCUGGACUCGGGCUCUCACCACAGCCACUGCCCCUCCUGCUCGCCCUACCCGGUCCGGGCCGGGCUCACGGACGAGCUGCGGAACGGCGGCGAGCGGCUGGGCUUCCACACCUACUACGAGAACCCGUCGGUGUCCCUGCCCCUGUCUGCCAGCCCGCAGGGCUCCGCCCCCCUGAGCUACUACAACCCCACGGACAUGUUCCCCCCCCCGCCGCGCCCCUACAGCACCCAGGUCUGACCCUCGCUUCGUCUCGGACGCACACAGCGACAGGCGCAGUGGUGAACCCUUAUCCAGCACACACACACACACACACAAAUUCAGGGAACGAAUCACGACACAGCACAACUAACCCCACGGACAUGCUCGGUCCAGACGCUCAUCCAGGGACGUGACCCGCAGACUAAUUGAGCCCCUGUGUGUGUGUAGCAGAUCCUCGCAAAAGCCCUGGAUGAAGUCCACCUGCAAUUAGAUCAGCGGGGAAAUAGUACAUAUAAAGUACAAGUUUGGUUCCCACAGGAACAAAACUCACAAGGUUCUGGAGCUGAACCAGUGCAAAGGAAAUGAAUGUUGGCAUCACGGCCGCAUAGUCUGAACCAGGGGAACAUUAAGAAGGUUUUUAGCCACAAUAAAAAGCAGUUAUUGUAACAUGUAGGUGGUUUGAAGUUGCUCAUUUUGAUCAUCAAUCACUGAAGGCAGCCGUCUCCGGCCCUGGUCCUGCUGAUCGCCCGGCCUGCAUGGUUUAUGUCUCCACCUGCUGCAGCACACCUGGUUUCAAUCAGGGAUUUCUUAGGAGCUCGCUAAUGGCAUCCUCACUGGAUCCAGGUGUUUUGAAGCAAGGAGAUGUCUAAAACAUCAGGAAAAAAAAAGGCGAAAUUAGUUUCCUUUUUCAGGAUGUAAUUAUGUAAUUGGAGAACCAGUUAAAUAGAGUCAGCAAUCCCAGUGCUUUGCAAACCCUGACAAAGAUUUUCAGGGAAUCGUAAAAGGAACAUUUUUAAAGCAGUUUGUAAAUUAUGGUCUAAUUCAAUACACCACUGCCAGAUGAAUUUGCCCCACACUGUAACAG